AUGUUCUUCCCGGAAAGUCACUCUUCGUUGAAAUCAGACAGGGACUUUGAAGAGGAAUUUCAGGCUUUUGUCCACAACCUUUUCCAGAACGUCGUUCUUCCUUCCAGCACGACAGAGGACCCACGCCAGUUCAUGCUUAUUGCAGCUGCCGACUGUCUUACCCGUGAACUGACGGAUGAUGAGGUCAAGGAGUUGAGCAUGUCCGAAGCUGAGAUGGAGAGCACCUCAGACAAUUCCGAUCACCCAGGCCGCGUGGAGAGUUGGUUUCGCGAUCAUCCUGACGCCUGGCGCCGCCCCGAGGCUGAGACUGCCGAGCCUCCACUCCCCGAUCGCAAUGAUUUUGCGAGGUGGUGGAAGGCCUCUCGUGUUGAGAUCCCAUCGAUGUACAUCGACCCGACAUUCCAAAUCUACCUGGUCUUCCGACCCAUGGGUAAUGAGAACGCGGCUGAGGAUGCGCCAAAGGCCAUCUUGGAUAACUAUCCGAGGCCUAUCGCGGUUCCGCCCCCCAAUGAGACAGCAAAUGCUUACUUCGAUCGCCUGCUUGCCCCGGACAAUCAACAGAAGGUUUUCGUCAUGCGACCUGAUCUGAUAAUAAGCCGACGCUCCUUUGGCACAGCCAUCACUGCAGCCAGCACGUUGUUCUACAACGACGCGAUGAGGCCCCUUCGAACUGGUGAAGUCAACUGGCCGGCAUCUCUUCGAAGCAUACAGAAGUACAUUCGAGACAACGUCUACCCGGACUUGCCUAGCGACGGUUGCAGCUUUGUGGUGUAA